AUGUCAGCUGGGAAUUCUCCCAGGGAAAGCCUGGAAAUGGAGAGCUUCCACACAAGAUUCAGUGCCUGGACACCUUUCAGCAACAAGUCAUUAAAUCGACAGCUCUUUCAGGAAAGAGUUGCUCUUAUAAGUCACUGGUUUGAUCUCUGGACUAACAAGCAACGUCAAGAAUUCUUAUUCACGAUUUUUUUACGAUGCACUAAAUCACAACUAAGGCUUAUCCAAGACUGGUUUUCAGAAAGGAUGCAAGUGGCCAAAGUGGAUUUCUCUACAGUGUUACCACGCUUCAUUUCUCUAUAUAUCUUUUCCUUUCUGAAUCCAAAAGAUUUGUGUGCAGCUGCACAAGUCAGCUGGCCCUGGAAAUUUUUAACUGAACAGGAUUGCUUAUGGAUGCCCAAAUGCAUUAAAUUUGGAUGGUUUCUGCCCUAUACACCAACAGAUAAUGAGUACGGUGCUUGGAAACACCAUUACAUUGCUUGUGUGUCCAACUUAGAUUGGCUAACCCCUAGAGAAGCUGCUGCUGUUUAUGGGACUCUGAAUGAACCCAAAACAGAAAAUGAAGAGCUACAGGAGAGGCAAAGAGAAAGGUGUCUAAGGAAAAUAAUUUGGGAGAAAAUUGCACUACAUAAGAAGGAGUUGUUCAAAGUUCGACCCCCUUGGGUGAGUGGAACACACUGCUCUAGAUUGUUCAAAUCCAAAUGCCAACCACGUCUCUCCCAGACUGCAAGGGAUCGAGUGGGAUUACACGAAACUUUGGAGAAACAGCUUGUUUUGUCAUCUUUAGAAUCUUUGCCCAAGCGAAGCAACAUUUCUGGAUGCCAUUCCUACCCUUUAUUAUCGAAGAAAAAUUGGCGUGGAGUUUAUAAAGAUGACAGCAGUCCUUCAAAUGCUCUUCAGCCACACUUCAUAUUAAUAUCAUCUCGGAUUCCUGCAUAUGAGAUGGUGGCGAACAGUGUUAGAGCAGGUAUCAUUUCUGUGGUGUAUGAACACAGUGGCCUAACCUUGGAGACCCUACUUUAUCUCAUAGAAAAAGCUCUGGAUGGGCAGAUGGCACAGAGUGUGGGAAUAUUCAGUGACGGAGAUAGCAGAGAAAUCAAUUUACUCCAAGGCUAUAAAAUUGGUAUUAAAAAUUUAUUGAGGCCUGAAGUGAGAGACUUCUGGGAAAAAUUAGGAAGCUAUGUGGCCCCCAAAGAAGAAGGGGGUCACGUGGACCUCUUUGUACCACUUGGAGCAUCAGAGGCAGGAAUAGAAGUUCUUUCUCAGCUGUCUCAACUGACUGGCACGUUAUUUACUGCUCCCACUGGGAUUGCCACUGGCUCUUACCAACAUCUUCUUAGUGACUGGCUGGGACGACAGUGGGAAACGUCACCCCCUUCCAUCUACUUCAGCGAAUCAAAGCUGCAGACAUGGUCCAGCCUCACUGACUUCCUGGAAGACACCUUGAAAUCAGUAAGGAAACAAUUAAGUCCUCUCUUCAGGGAGUUGCAGAAGAACAUCAGUGGCAGGAUGAUAGGGCAAUUUGUAUUUGACACCAUGAAUGUGGCUAACAUUCUGAAUAACCAAGAAAUCAUACAAGCUCUGGCAGAUGGAUUGAUAGAACUUUCAAAAGAAAAUUCUGACAACCCUCUGGAAUUUUUGUCAUAUUUUCUGCUAAAGAAAUGUAGUAAAAAGAGCAAGCAUGUUGAAGGAAAUGUCAUUCUGACAAAAAGUGACCCAAAGGCAACACACAGUUUACUCACGAAGGAAAGGGAUGUUAUAGAAGAUAACCCUCAGGACACAAAACCAAGUCUCAGCAAAAAUGAUCCAAAUUUUGAGUUGCUGGUUAAGCUGGAGAGAAAACUCCAGCUGGAUUCAGCCGAAAAGCGAACCAGAGUCAUCAGGGAACUCUUACAGAGCGAGAGAAGAUAUGUACAGAUGCUGGAAAUUGUGAGAGAUGUUUAUGUGAGGCCACUGAGAGCGGCGCUAUCAUCAAACAGAGCCAUCCUGAGUGCUGCAAACAUCCAGAUCAUGUUCUCUGAUAUUCUGCAGAUCUUAUGUCUCAACAGGCGGUUUCUAGAUGACCUGAGAGACAGAGUACAGGAAUGGGGCCCUGCUCACGGUGUGGGAGAAAUAUUCAUCAAGUUUGGAAGCCUGUUGAACACGUAUACCAAUUUCUUCAACAAUUACCCUGUGGUUCUAAAAACUAUUGAGAAGUGCAGAGAAAUGAUACCAGCAUUCCGAGCUUUCCUGAAGAGGCAUGAUAAGACCAUUGUUACCAACAUGCUGAGUCUUCCGGAGCUGCUUUUGUACCCAUCCCGGAGGUUUGAAGAAUAUAUUCAUCUUCUCUAUGCUCUGAGGCUUCACACUCCUGCAGAACAUAUUGACCGUGGAAACUUGACCAUUGCAAUUGACCAAAUCAAAAAUUACAAAGGCUACAUAGAUCAGAUGAAGCGGAACAUCAGUAUGAAAGAUCACCUGUUAGACAUACAGAGACUCAUCUGGGGGUGCCCUACUCUAUCAGAAGCAAACAGAUAUCUGAUUAGGGUUCAAGAUGUGGCCCAACUUCACUGCUGUGAUGAGGACAUAAGUUUCUAUUUAAGGCUCUAUGAACAUACCUGUGAUCUCAGUCUUUUCCUCUUCAAUGAUGCACUGCUCGUUUCUAGUCGGGGUACAUCUCAUACUCCAUUUGAAAGGACUUCAAAGUCAACCUACCAAUUCAUUGCAUCAGUGGCACUUCAUAGGUUAAUCAUAGAAGACAUACCAGAUUCCAAAUUUAUCAAGAAUGCAUUUAUUCUUCAAGGUCCAAAACAUGAAUGGAUUUGUGCAACAGAAGUUGAGGAUGAUAAAUUUCUAUGGUUGUCUGUACUCCAAAACGCCAUCAAAAGUAGUAUGGAAAAGUGA